AUGCCCCAGAACAUUGGCGACCAAACAUCAGAGGCCCAAUUAGUUACGAGACUGACUCAUUGGGGUUUCGCUUGGAGCAUUCUUGAGAUGUUCAGUGGCGUUCAGACUUGGUGUGCCAAAUCACCAGAUGAGAUUUAUCAGUCAGUUGUCCUGAAGAAAGAGAAACCGAGGUUCCUGUACAAUUUACCUACGGAGGUCGCUAAUGUCCUCUCUGGCUGCUAUGAGUAUGAAUUUCAGGAUCACUCCUUGAUGUUAGAUAUCUUACAGUCAUUUGAAAUGUUUCUCUACAUUAGCUUUGUGUAUUCAAAUUUUUUGUUCCUGACAAGAAGUGCAUUGCACAUGCACACUUAUAUGAACAAGCCUUACAUGAUUUGCUCUUUUACUGAUGGACUGAGGAGGUCAGAGAUGUAUAACAGCCGUAUUGAUCCAAAUGACAAGUUGGAGGUGACACAUGAACGCUGGCAACGCAAAAUAGCAGAUAUAAAAUAA